AUGAGCUCGCCGUACUUAAUCUUAGCUCUCCUGCCCAUUGGAUCUUUACGAGAAGUGCGCCGCUUGUGCUCUCUGCUGGACUCAUCGGUCCUCACCGUGAUCUACGAGGCCAUGGCUGCGCGGGCCUCGAUCCAAGCGUACUCCGCCAUCGACUUCUUUGAGGAGCGGCAUCGCGCGGUCCUGUCCAAGGCCAUGGCUGGAAUCAGCGUCCGCUACGCACUCGAGACGUGGGUGACAGUGCGGAUGGAACUCGUGUCCGUCCUGCUAUUGGGCGCAACCUGCGCACUAUGCGGCCUAGGAGUGCUUACAGCCGCCCAGGCUGGUCUGACUCUCAGCCCAGGUAUCACACUAGGAAAACACCUGGACACUUUUCUAUGGUCUAUAAUUAACCUUGUUGUUGAAAUGAAUUCCAUGGAGCGCCUCAAUCAGUACCUGAUGCUGCCUGCCCCGGAGACCUAUUCUCCCUCCAUCGGACGAGAAAUCGCACCCUCCUGGCCGGAUAGUGGCAGCGUGAUAUUCUCGGGAGUUGGAGUCAUGUAUGAUCAAGCGUCGUAG